AGUGUGUAGGGGGGCAUCAAGCUUGAUAUUCCUUUCUGCAGGCUGCAAGUCAACAGACUAAAAAGCAUCUCUUAAAUCUGUGGAAAAAGGGAGGAGUUGGAUUUCGGGGCAGCUACUGAACAAAGAGGGAAACCAGCGAAAUCUGCAAGUAUUGUCUGGCACUGGCGAGGGAGAUGGAGGAGUGAAAGAUCUGAGCAACAGGGGUAAGCCUCACCGGAUUUUCAAAGUGAUUGCCUCCGGGAGUGAAGCCGUCGCUUACAUCUGCAAUUUUCACGUCCAUUUAUGUGUUGAUGAAGGACUGGUGAUGGUUGCGCUUGAUGGUUUUUGUUAAUGGAGUGAUUCAGCUGGUUUUCCUCAUAAAGGAAUCAUUAUGUAAAUCAAUUGUACCUCCCUCAAGGAGCAAACUUCCUUUGUUUAUACCUUUUCAAGCCUGAACAGUGGGACAGCUGCAUAUUUUGGACUUUCCUGCUACCUGGAAUUUCUGUUGAAUAAACCUGGAGAUGAUUGUGGAGAAAGCCAGUGUGUGUAAAUUUGGGGGCUCUUAGAGGGGGGCUACUAAGAGACUGCGUUUGCUAAAGAAGCACCUGCCUCAGGCAAUUAUGGUCAAAGCACCCACAUCUGAAUCAAUCGCCCUGGGGCCGCACGAGGAAAAAGAUGCCCAGGAAACAACUGUCCAAAACAAUGAGUCCAGCUCACUGAAACCAACAUGGAAAGAGACCACGCAGGGUUUUAUAAUGAGGACAAAGAUCCACGGUUUGAAGUUCAUCUUCUCUCCGGACAAGUCGAAACCGCAACGUGUCAUCUGGAUCAUGGCCUUCUUUCUUUGUCUCAGUCUCUUCGCCACCUGGUCCUGGAAUCGAAUCCUCUACCUGAUGUCCUACCCUGCUAUCACCAAGAUCAACAUGGUGUGGGCUCACAACAUGUCCUUCCCAGCUGUAACUUUCUGCAACAAAAAUGUUUUCCGUGCGUCCAUGCUGACCAAGGGAGACCUGUAUCAUAGCGGCUACUGGAUGGACCUGAUGUAUCCUAACCACACGGUGAUGGAGAGGAGCCUGUCCAUUCUUAAAGACAGCCACAAACAGGGUCUCCUGAGCCUGCUGGACUUCAGCAGCUACACCCCGCCCCCUGAUUACCGCACCAACACCACUGAAAUGAUGGGACGCCUCGGACACCAGCUGGAGGACAUGCUGCUGGAGUGCAGGUUUCGUGGGGAAACGUGCACCUACAAAAACUUCAGCACUAUUUACACACGCUACGGAAAAUGCUACACUUUCAACUCCGGGUUGGACGGCAACCCUUUGUUGACUACGUUAAAAGGCGGCACGGGAAACGGCCUGGAGAUCAUGUUGGAUAUUCAGCAGGAUGAAUACCUCCCUGUUUGGGGAGAGACAGAUGAGACCUCCUACGAAGCAGGCAUCAAGGUUCAGAUCCACAGCCAGGAUGAGCCGCCCUUCAUUGACCAACUGGGAUUUGGUGUGGCCCCUGGUUUUCAAACUUUUGUGUCAUGUCAACAACAACUGCUUCAGUACCUCCCUCCGCCUUGGGGAGAUUGCAAGUCGACUCCCAUAGACUCCGAAUACUUCUCCACGUACAGCAUCACCGCCUGCCGUAUUGACUGUGAAACCCGGUACCUGCUGGAGAACUGCAACUGCAGGAUGGUCCACAUGCCGGGGACCUCCACAGUUUGCACACCUGAGCAGUACAAAGACUGUGCUGACCCAGCUUUAGACUUUUUGGUAGAGAAAGACAACGAUUACUGUGUCUGUCAGACGCCCUGCAACAUGACUCGCUAUGGCAAGGAGCUGUCCAUGGUUAAGAUCCCCAGUAAGGCGUCUGCUAAGUAUCUGGCUAAGAAAUUCAACAAAACUGAGCAAUAUAUUGGAGAAAAUUUAUUGGUCUUGGACAUCUUCUUUGAAGCUCUGAAUUACGAGAAGAUUGAGCAGAAGAAGGCCUACGAAAUCGCAGGGCUUCUCGGUGACAUUGGAGGUCAGAUGGGGUUGUUUAUCGGAGCCAGUGUUUUAACAAUACUGGAAAUAUUUGACUACCUGUAUGAGGUGUUUAAGGACAAGCUCUUGGGUUACUUCAUACGCAAGAAACGACCCCAGCGUUGCCAGAGCGACAAUCUGGAGUUUCCAGAGAACCCAACCAGCCCUGGUGUCACGCCUAAUCAUGCCCCCAGAGCACCUGUGACACCCUCCGGAGUCACUCGGACAGUCUCGGAUUCACGCCGAACAUGUUACCUCGUCACCCGACUCUAGGCAACUUUGAGGAGUUUGCUUGUUGACAACAUAAAGUAGGGGUUGGGGGCGGGGGGGGGGGGGGGGGGGGGGGGGGGGGGGGGCGGUUGGCACAUCUGGGGACUUGACAGUAAACUGUGAAAUCAUUUAUGUAUUUAACAGACAAAAUGGGUUGAUUGUAUAACUCAAAAACAGUAUGGUAGAGUUUAUCAAUGCCUGAAUAGAAUAGAAUACUAUCAUCAGUUAAAAAAAAAAAAAAAAAAAGAGAGAGAGACCACUUCCAAAACAGAACUCAGGUUUAACUGCCAUGUCGAGGCAUCAGUGUUAAUUUAUUCAUGUUUCAUUUUGUGGAAUUGUUUUUUUCUUUUCUUAUCCAGUCACUUUAGAAUAAACAAUCAUUGAAGAUGAUUGAGGUGAACCGGUGUUGAGACAAAUUACUGUCGUGCUAGUUUUUUUUCUUCUCUGUACAUUGAUCAAAAAAAGAAAAAAGUAUACAUGUGGAUGGUGGUAAGUGUAACUUUGCGGUUUCUUAUCAGUGUUACGUCUCCCGCGUCUAACCGAUGCCGUAUUGAGUGACCUUGUAACUGUCACCAGUCAGAGGAGGAGAGAGGCUUUUUAGAAAUCCACUCCACUUCGACGAGCUGAUUGUCGGUCAAAAGAGCUGCUCACACCUGAAGCGGAACACUGGGCCGGUGUUUCAUGUUGCCUUUUGCUACUGUGAGGCUCUGAGUUGCCUCAUUAAUUACAUAACUGUGCGUAUUCAGUUUUAAAAACCGAAGAGGAACUUGAUUAUUUGUAUAUAUGCAAGUAUUUAGUUGUGUGCCACGUGGACCCUGAGACGACAGAAGCUACUGAGUUGGAUGUUUUUGUUUUUAACGUUACCCACUUUUUACAUACGGCACAUUGAGGUUUAAAAAGAUAAAUUUAAAAAAGAGUCAGAUGGCAAAACAGGCUGUUGAUUGUAUCUUUAUAUGUUUAUAUAGCUGACAUUUUUACUUUUCAUUAAUAUCUCCCACUUUUCUGGGAUAGUGUUGCUAACGGUGACUAUCACAAAACGAUCCAAGCGUUUGGCUCGGUGAAAAAUUCGCCCCCUUAUUUCCGUAGAAUUCAUCGGACCAAAAAACAGUCGGGCUUUCUUCGGGCCUUUUCUAGUAAUUCUCAUUUGUUCGUUUUUUCUUUUUUUCUUCUGGUGUCUUAAAGGUGAUCAUCAGCACAAUGAUAGUAAUCUAUUCUCUAUUGAUCUCAUGUGGAGUUUGAAAGGCUUGUUGGUGACAUUCCUAAACUUGACAGAAAUUUGUAAAUAAACGCAAUUAAAUGCCAUGGAGAAAUUCUUUACUGCUACUGUGACACAUUUGUCAUAUAUGCAUAUAUAGAUAUAGAUAUAAAUAUGUGGAUAUAAAAGGUUUCUUGUGAUUACAGCUCGACUGACAGCUGGAGAGUCUAUUAUACACAAGAGAAUUGCCUCAAAACAUCAGCACCGCCACGCACCUCAGCCCCAUUCAGUUCAGUUGAUUUAUAAGAGAAAUGCAUUGUAAAAUUUUACCAUUGUAUCCUAUUAUUAUUAUUAUUAUAGAACAUGUAAUAAGUCACAAAUAAUAGUUUGUGAUGUAUAAAUGAUCAAGUAUAAUAAACUCUAUAUUUACCCCAUCUUACUCAUGUACACAACUUUUGUUACCUUUGUGUCAGUCUACUUCCUCUCUCGUAAUGUUCACCGUUAUUUAAAUCCUUGACACCACAGUUAUGGAGUAUAUUUACACAUCCAUCACUAUAAAUACUUUUUUUACACGUGAAACUUUCAAGUAUAAUGCCGAUCAAGUGAGUGGUGUUCAUGAAAAAUUGUAGCUUUAUUACUCUGUUGUCCGUGUGUUAGAUGACUGUUGAUGUGAAGCACAAACCCUUGGAGAUCAGCCAUCACUCGAAAGCCACUGACCGGGACGUCUAUGGUUGUGACUACCUUUUACGGAUCAGCUUUUAACUCCUCACACUGUUGACACGUGGUGCGUUCACUGUUCCAGCAUUAUCAGGAAAUAAAGAGUGUAACUCCCCAGAGGAGCCAGAGACCACCUCGUGGACAGACUUGAUCCAAAUGGAAAUGUUACCUUUCAGGAGUGGCGUUGUGUCAUGAGCAAUAAAUGCACUGGAUCAGAUACCACUGUUAUGAAAUAGAAAUAAUUUGAUUUGGGAUUUCCGAUUUUCAAUCCAUGACAUAUUCAACAGCUGGAGUGGACGUAGACUUAACGCCUGCCAAGCACAGACGUGCGAUAAAACUGAAUAAUACCCAGCAGCCAAAAUAAAGGGACACGAUGCUUUUCUGAAGACGCUGCAGUGCAAUGAUGAUUUUUGGUGUGUGUCAUAUUGUUGGGUAAAAAAAGAAAACAUAUUGGACCCAGAGCCUACCGCUAACUGUGGGGAUAUGUAGGAUUUGUGAAAAUGUCCCAGGUCUUUACCUCCCCCUACCCCCCCCCCCCCCCCCCCCCCACACCCCUGCCUUACCAGUCAAAGAAGAGCAGAGUGUAUCUGAACUGGCUGAAAACUAUUAGGGAACUGUUUGUGCUCAUUAAGUAGACUGACAUUUAUUGCAUAGCUAUGACCAGGUAGAGAAACAAUAUUCUAUACUGUUACUAUACUGUACAGAAAUUCAAGCUAUUUUAUUCUGAGUCAAUAAUACGCCAAAUCACCCAUUUUUCUUCCUGCAUGACCACUGUGUACUCCUAUUAUCUCUGGUCUCUUAAUGUUAAUAUUAGCCAUGCUAUCCCACUUUGUAACUGUCCAAAGUGUAUUUUUGGAGCCAGAUGAAUCAAAAAAGUGUGUUCUUCAUGUCCCGUGGUUCAGUGUUCAGGAUCUUUAUACUCAAAAUCCUUUGGAUCGUGCAAUACUCCACGAACAGGAGAGAUAGUGUGCGGAUGUGGGAAAUCUGCAGUAUCUUCAUCACACAUUUUUAAGGAUUCAAAAAACACAACGUUGCUUGAAGUGAAACAAAAAUGUGCCUUUAAGACUGGUUCUUACAGGUGACAUCAAAGUAUUCAUUCACACGUGUGGGGAACUGGGAUUGCUUCAUCUGGCUCUACAUGCUCAAUGUGCAUUUUAUUGUAGAUAUGUGAUUUUAACUCUCUGAACUGUACAUUAAACAGUUAAUACACA